AUGACAGACUGGAUCGACGAGAAAGCGUUCAAGCUCCUAUGGCGCUCGCUGACGAAGGCUGGAUGGAGAGCAAGACCUUCGACAGGUCUGAACUCGGGCCACACGUAUGUGAAGCCGGGGGUGAAGGGUCAGCUUCAGGAGGACAGGGCAGGCGUGGAGUACUUUGUUGGACCAAAAGCGUUAUGGACAUUUGCUACGCGUGAGGGGUUGAUACCGCCUCUUUCCUCCCCUCCUCGGAGUUUUGCGAACACUGGUCGACCACCCAUGGGCAAGCAGGCUGCCUACGCAGCAGCUCAAAAACGAUUACCUCCGGUGCCCCCGAUUUUUAACAGCACUACUAGUGCUGUGACGGCUCCUACAGAACAAGGCGGCGGUGUGAACGUGACUAAUGCAGUCGAUUUGGAUGCAUUUGAUUCCCCCCCUGCUCAUGCGUUGGUGUCACAAGAAGAAGCCGAGUCAGUCAGCGAUCCAGUCGAAGCACCUGUGGAUCUCUCAGAUAGCUACGAAAGCGAGGUGGAAUUGGAUAACGAGUUUGAAGACGACAGCAGCGAGUUUGCCCAAGAUGAUGCAGCGAUGCGUGCUAUGGCUUCAUCUGGUUGGGAGAUCUACGAUCAAAACCACAGCAGUGACCUGCAGCUAGCUGGAGCAUCCGACUUAUACGACGGAUCUUGGGGACUCACCAGGUCAUCCGCUGCCUUUGCUAGUUCCCCGCUGGGAAUGUUUUUCUACUUUCUCCCCAAGAAGCUAUGGUAUCAGAUUGCGGAGGCUUCCGAGGCGUAUCGUAUUGAGUGCAUACCAAGCGUCGCUGCUGCCCAACGUGCUAAACAACUUGAGGCUCAUACGAAGGACCGUACAAAGCCAGUGCUGCCCCUUGAGGUACUGGUGGACAAGCUGAAGAAGACGAGAUCGAUCAAGCCUCACGAAAUUUUGCAUGUCGUGGGUCUUCUCAUUGUGCAGUCACACAUACGGCCUUGA